AUGGGUAUACCUGGUUUCUUUCGCUGGCUAACAACUGCAUAUCCGCAAGCAGUGGAAAAUAUCCAACGGAGUACGCAACACCGCACAGAUAUUCUCUAUUUAGAUCUAAAUGGGUUGUUCCAUGCGGCCUUGUCCAAAGCGCGAAAGGGGACGAUGACGCCCGAAAUCAUGUUAUCAAGAGUAUUCAGGCAAAUGGACUACGCAAUUGACACUUGUAAACCUGCUGCCUUGGUAUAUAUUGCAAUGGAUGGAGUGGCGCCACGGGCCAAGAUGAAUGAGCAGCGACAUAGAAGAUACAACGCGGUCAAAUCACAAGAUGAGAAUUCAAUAAAAAAGAACAUGAGUAAUACCUUGAGUAAUGACAAGCUUGCUGAUAUAUCAACAAUUACUUCAAACGGCCUUACCUUCCAACCACCUUCCGCACCAUUCUACGCUAAACAUACAACAGACGUAAAAAGCAACGAUAUCUCAAACAUCGCCUCGUUCUCUACAUCCUUCACUUCUUCGACAUCGUCGUCAUUCUUUGUACCAAUAGACUCUGUAAAUAUCUCUGCUGGCACCGAAUUCAUGCAUGCAGCCAAUGAGGCUGUUAGAUUUUACGUUUACCAACGCCUUAACGGCCGUAGACGUGAUUUACAAAUAAUAUUGAACGACUCGAGUGUACCUGGAGAAGGAGAACAUAAAAUAUUCGAAUUUCUUCAAUUUCAACUAUCGCAACCAGGAUACAAUCAAGACACUAAUCAUGUAGUAUGUGGCGGCGAUGCAGACUUUAUUAUGUAUGCUCUAGGAACUCACAAAGCAAAUAUCCGUAUACUGAGAGACAGAGCACUUGUAUACGUUCAUGUAGAUAGAUUACGAAAAGCAAUAUUGAAGGAAAUGAAACCAUCCGAGAAUUCGCUACAAACAGAUGAUGAAAGAAUUCUUAAUGAUUUUGUUUGCAUCUCAAUGCUGCUAGGCAACGAUUUUAUACCUAAAUUGCGCGGAUUGGGGAUGAGCGUAGAUGUUUUAACAUCAACGUAUAAAACUAUGUUUACCGACAUUGGUGGUUACAUUACAGCUGCCAAUGGUCGUGUAGAAAUAAAUAGACUGCUUAAAUUAAUCUCUCAUAUCGGAAACAUGGGAUUUUUCAGGAGAUUUGAUUCUGCGUCGUCAACAUCCGUUGACCCGCUAGAGGCUACAACAAGGGCGAAUGAUUUUAUUCGUACACUCUGCUGGUCAAUGCAAUACUAUACUGGGGCAUGUCCAUCAUGGCGUUUCUAUUAUCCACAUUAUUAUUCACCUUCUAUACAAGACAUUCUUAAUUACGUCUCCCCUCUUCUCGUCUCUCAAGACUUUCCUCUAGACAAUCCAAUGCGUCCAUUCGAACAACUAAUGUGUAUUAUUCCUCCACAAUGCUCGUAUCUCCUCCCCGAACCGUUUAGAGAUCUACUUACGUCUCCUUUAUCUCCGAUAAAAGAGUUCUAUCCGCCUGCAGACAACAUAUCCGGCAAAAUUCAUCUGCCAUUCAUCGACGAGAAACGAUUGUUUGAGGCCAUGGCAUCUAAAUACGCAUUACUUUGCGAACGUGACGCAUGCAAGAAUACCACAAAAAAUAUAAUAGAGAUAUACUCGGGGAGCUCAUCGGAAUCGUAUCGAGCAGUAAGAGCGAUCUGUCAGAAGAAAUAUGAGAAGACAGUAUUACCGUGGUCUUUAAGAUUGUGUGGAGAGCUGAGACAUUGUGGAGAAAUGGCGUCAACGGUGUAUUCACCGGUUGGCAAGUGGAAGCAUAUUACAAAAAAUUCAGCCGCACAUGCAGAGUUCAAGAUGAUUGAUAUGAGCGUAAAAAGAGAGGGAAGAAUAAAUCAAAAUGUUUCGGGCGGAAAAAUGUGCGAGGACAUGAUUGGAAUCGAAGAUGCUACCGAUCAACUGUCUAACGGAGGAGCAAGUAGUACUCUACCUCGCUCAAAACAGGUGCACAAGCUUUGUAAAAAACGGAAAUACAACAAGUCAUCAACUGUCUCUCCAUCAUCGACUGUCUCGUCGAUAUCUCAUAAGCCCGCGUCUGCGUUCUCUGCAAAUUACAAAACGAAAUCCGAGGCCAAUUUGCAAGUUAGUGGAUUUAUGGUACAGAAUGGCAUGGUCACCGGUGAUGUCUCUUUUGGUGGAGCAGACAAAAGUCAUAGCUCGCAUGCUGGUAGAACAUACGGGUUAAGCGGAACCAGUAAUGUAUACAAUCAAGAGACUAUGUUACUGCCUCAAACGCGUGAUGACCAUAGUAUGACAUCAUUGUUCGGAACUACUUGGGAAGCACGACGAGAACCAUUACAACGACAAUGGGAAAGCACACAACUAUCAACACUAUCAUAUCAAGAGACGAACGCCCAAACUCUUACUCCCGUGUUUCCUCACACAAAAGCUUCUCAAUCCCAAUUUCACCGUCAUCCGCUUCAUCAAAUGCUCCUUCAACAGUCUCAGACAGCUCUGAUGAAUAAUGGGAAUGAUUCUGGACAAAGCGUGCUGUCUGAUGAGAGCCGUAAUGAGCGCAAAAACGAGAAUUAUUUUAUCUGGAAGCCACCUUAUUGA